GUGAUGUCCAUCCUCCUGCACGGAGAUGCCGCUUUCGCUGGGCAGGGCAUUGUGUAUGAGACGUUCCACUUGAGCGACCUGCCUUCCUACACCACCCAUGGCACUGUCCAUGUCGUGGUGAACAACCAGAUCGGCUUCACAACAGACCCCCGGAUGGCUCGCUCCUCCCCAUACCCUACUGAUGUCGCCCGUGUGGUGAACGCGCCCAUUUUCCAUGUCAACGCGGAUGACCCGGAGGCUGUUGUCUAUGUGUGCAAUGUGGCAGCAGAGUGGCGAAGCACCUUCCACAAGGAUGUGGUGGUGGAUUUGGUUUGUUACAGGCGCAACGGUCACAACGAGAUGGACGAACCCAUGUUCACGCAACCCCUGAUGUACAAACAGAUCCGGAAACAAAAGCCAGUGCUGCAGAAAUAUGCAGAGCUGCUGAUUUCCCAGGGGGUGGUAAAUCAGCCAGAGUAUGAGGAGGAAAUUGCCAAGUAUGAUAAGAUCUGUGAGGAGGCCCAUGCGAGAUCAAAGGAUGAAAAGAUCUUGCACAUCAAGCACUGGCUGGACUCACCCUGGCCUGGUUUCUUCACUCUGGAUGGCCAGCCCCGGAGCAUGACCUGCCCUUCCACUGGUCUGAACGAAGAGGACUUGACGCACAUUGGUCAAGUGGCCAGCUCAGUGCCUGUGGAGGAUUUCACUAUCCAUGGAGGUUUGAGCCGUAUUCUGAAAACCCGCGGGGAGAUGGUGAAGAACCGGACAGUGGACUGGGCCCUGGCAGAGUACAUGGCGUUUGGCUCCCUGCUCAAAGAGGGCAUCCAUAUCCGCCUGAGUGGCCAGGACGUUGAGAGGGGGACGUUCAGCCAUCGCCAUCACGUCCUGCAUGAUCAGAAUGUGGACAAGAGGACGUGUAUCCCCAUGAACCACCUCUGGCCCAACCAGGCUCCUUACACUGUCUGCAACAGUUCUCUGUCGGAGUACGGCGUCCUUGGAUUCGAGCUGGGCUUCGCCAUGGCGAGCCCCAAUGCCCUGGUGCUUUGGGAAGCCCAGUUCGGGGACUUCCACAACACCGCUCAGUGCAUAAUCGACCAGUUCAUCUGUCCUGGGCAGGCCAAGUGGGUCAGGCAGAACGGCAUCGUCCUGCUGCUUCCCCAUGGCAUGGAGGGCAUGGGUCCUGAGCACUCCUCCGCCCGCCCAGAGCGAUUCUUGCAGAUGUGCAACGACGAUCCCGAUGUCUUCCCCAAGCUGGAUGACUUCGAUGUGCGCCAGCUCUAUGACUGCAACUGGAUUGUCGUGAAUUGCUCCACUCCGGCCAACUUCUUCCACGUCCUCCGGCGCCAGAUCCUCCUGCCCUUCCGCAAACCGCUGAUAAUCUUCACUCCAAAGUCGCUGCUGCGCCACCCUGAAGCCCGCUCGAGCUUCGACGACAUGCUGCCAGGCACCCAUUUCCUCCGCGUCAUCCCUGACAGUGGCCCCGUGGCCCAGAGCCCCGAGCAGGUAAAGCGGGUGCUGUUCUGCACCGGCAAGGUCUACUACGACCUGACCCGUGAGCGCAAGGCCCGGCAGAUGGAGGCCGACGUGGCCAUCACCAGGGUGGAGCAGCUCUCCCCGUUCCCCUUCGACCUCCUGCAGCGGGAAGCCCAGAAAUACCCGACUGCUGAGUUGGUGUGGUGUCAGGAGGAGCACAAGAACCAGGGCUACUAUGACUACGUCAAACCCCGGCUCCGCACCACCAUCAACCGUGCCAAGCCUGUCUGGUAUGCGGG